GUCAUCACUGGUUGGUCAUCUCUAUUCGCACGAGGUACCGAACAAAACGUACAAAUUUCUGAUAGUUUAUUAAAUAAAACAGACGAAAAUGACGGAAGCUGAAGAAAUCAACGGUAGAGAAGAGGUGGAGGAGGAUGAGCAGGAUCAAAAACAAAAGAAAUCCGAUGUAAAACGGCAUGACGACGGCGCCGCAGAUUUGGAACGUGUUACGGAUUAUGCCGAGGAAAAAGAGAUCUCCGCGGCCAAUAUAUCCAGCGCCGUAGAACAGUUUGGCAACCAGCGAAACAAGGAGAACGAACUUCGAGUAGCCAAGGAAAAGGAGCUCCAAAAGGUCCAAGUCAAAAAGGAGGACAUUGAACUGAUUAUGAACGAGCUGCUGGUUAGCAAGGCGCAGGCCGAGAAAGUGCUCCGCGAGCAGAGCGGCGACGUGGUGGCCGCCUUGGAAGCCAUCAUCAGCAACUGAGGUGCUUGGAGGACCUGGACUAACCGCCGUCUGUUUCUUUUAUGUAGCGUAACACUGCUUUAUUUGUACAUUUAUAAACUCUAGCGAAGAAAAACAAACAAACUUUUAAGCCCACAACGGAAA